CCUCCCCUGCUGAGACCCGCAGCUGGACGAGGGGGCCGCUUGGGACUGCCUCCCCCGACCCCAACUCCAAGCGGGGAUGCUGCCAGAGGCGUCCUGGUGCCGAUCCCGCUCCUCUGAAGAGGAUCCCCGCAGGAGGGGCGCGCAGCGAUGCCUGCAGCAUCGGGGAAGCGAUGGUGCUUUUUAAAAGAACGGGGGGGAAAGGUUGGAAAAAACACACAUGGGAGGGAAAGAAGGACACAAAACCCCAACAACAACAACAACCAUCUUUCUCGGGGGCUUUGUCCGCCUGCAAAUCCCCCCCCAAACCCAACCAAACAGAAGCAAGCCCCGCAAAGGCUGGCGCCGGGCAGGGUCCCGGGCGGGAGGCAGCGCGGCGCGGCGCGGCGCGGCGCGGCGCCCAAGGGGUUAAGGCGCCGAGCGCAGCCAUCUGGCCGAGCGGGUUUGUUAUAAUCGCGCAGAUUAUGUUCGCGGGACUCAGAGUGGAAGGCUCCCUCCCAUCGCGCGGCUCUGCACGGCCCCAGCAAACCAACUUCGGGACUUUGAAUGAACGCAUUUGCAUCCACCUUUCUCUUCAUGUCGGCUUCUCUGGAAACAGUCACACGGAUGCCAUGGUUACUCCUACCACGAUCUUACAGGUGAACAAGGUGAUGUCCAUCUUGUUUUAUGUGAUAUUUCUUGCUUAUCUUCGUGGCAUCCAGUCUACCAACAUGGAUCAAAGGAGUUUGCCAGAAGAUUCGAUAAAUUCUCUCAUUAUUAAACUCAUUCAGGCAGACAUUUUGAAAAACAAGCUCUCCAAGCAGAUGGUAGAUAUUAAGGAAAACUAUCAAAACACAGUGCAGAAAGAAGAGGCUCAGCAGGACAUGGACGGAGCUGAAAAUGUGAAAUCAGACUUCCAGCCAGUUAUCUCAAUGGAUACAGAAUUGUUAAGGCAACAAAGACGCUAUAAUUCUCCCAGGGUCCUCUUGAGUGAUAACACCCCAUUGGAACCCCCACCUUUGUAUCUCAUGGAGGAUUACAUUGGAAGUUCUGUGGUGGUGAACCGAACCUCACGGAGGAAAAGGUAUGCAGAACACAAGAGCCAUCGAGGGGAAUAUUCUGUAUGUGACAGUGAAAGUUUAUGGGUCACGGACAAGUCAUCUGCUAUCGAUAUUAGAGGACAUCAAGUCACUGUGCUGGGAGAAAUUAAAACAGGCAAUUCUCCUGUCAAACAAUACUUUUACGAAACAAGGUGUAAAGAGGCUAAACCUGUAAAAAAUGGCUGCCGUGGCAUAGACGAUAAGCACUGGAACUCCCAAUGCAAAACAUCCCAAACGUACGUAAGAGCACUGACGUCAGAAAACAAUAAACUCGUAGGCUGGAGAUGGAUAAGGAUAGACACUUCCUGUGUGUGUGCAUUGUCAAGAAAAAUAGGAAGAACUUAAGUCUGCAUCUCUUUGCUAUAUAAAUUAUUACUUUAAAUUAUAUGAUAUGCAUGUAGCAUAUAAAAUGUUUAUAUUGUUUUAUAUAUUAUAAGUUGACCUUAUUUAUUAAACUUCAGCAAACCUACAGUAUAUAAGCUUUCUUUCUCAAUAAAUAUGAGUAAAGGGUGUGUGCCUGAGCUGUGGGCAGCUCCUGUUUUAUUAGAAUAUGUUUGUGACACUGCUUAUCAGCAGCAUACCAUAAUCUUACUGUAAAAUCUGUGUAACAUCAGUAUUUUGCAUUCAGUAUUGUCAAGCCAGUGACUGUCAUUUAGUAAACUUGUUAAAAAUUGGAUGAAUGUCAAGAGUUGUGUACACAUUUAUCUUCCCUGCUCUAUAUUUUCCAUGUUUAAUUAAAAGAAGUGCUAACUCCUUGCCACCAAAACAAAAACAAAAAAUGAUGCAGCAUAGCCUACAGCUAAUAACAUUCCAGGCAAUGAGUAGCCAUAAAAUACAUUUUCUGUAUGUUAUGCCAGUUUUGUCAUUAUAAAUACAGUGGGGGAGGGUUCCUCCUCUGCUAGCGUUCCAGAACCACUACUAACAACCCAACAAGCUUUGUUUAGUUUUUUGAAGCACAUUUGUUUUGUAACUGUUUUUAAUGCUGCCAAUUUCUCUUAGAAAUAAUAGGGAAAAAAUCUUAAAUAUUUGUAACAGAGCUUUACUGAAUCCAAGAAGCAAUCUAAGUAGAUCAUUAAUAUAAUUCAUAAAAGAUGAUUUCUUCAGAGUAUACUAUUUAUUGUGAUCAGCCUCCUCCUCUUUCCCUUUCUGUCCAAUAACACAGUAACUGCUGCUGCACUGUUAUAUUCUUUUUAGCUGGGGUUUUUUCAUUAGAAAAAAGCUAUUACUACUGUGAAAAGAACCCUGAGCUCUAGCAAAGAAGAACACAAGUCCUGCAACAUAUACCAAAGUGGCACCUUCCUUCAAAGGUGUAAUGCAGUUCAGCUACCUGCUGCCAGUGUUUGUGGAGAAAGAUACCUGGAAAACUGCUUGACGAAGCUGCCAUUUAUCUGGGGGCUCGUGUCUUGACUGUGCUGUGUGCAAUUAAUAAGCAGGUUGUCAAGUAAUCAACCAUCAAAACUAUAAUAGUGUCACACAGGCAACUGUUACAUACCUCAUGCAGACAUUUCUAAAUUGUGGGCACAAAUCUAUUCUUUGUAUCAUGUAGAUGCUACAUAUAUGUGUGCUGGGCAAGAACUUCAGUGAGCAUAAAAUGGAGCAGCUUUAUUAAUGAAAGUAGUACUACAGAAUUUACACCAACUGAAGACACAGGCUGUUCUUUGUUAGCCACAUUAUGCUGGACUCAUCGCCCAUGAAAGUGUAUGGGAGGCUUUUUUGUGCGGGGAGGUUUAUGGAUAUCAGUGGGAGUAAGAUCAAAGUUCCCCUUUAUCUGGUUAUAUAUUCUUGCAUAACCAGAGUCAGAAACUGCCCCCAGUUUGAUAGGAAUCAGAACUGCAACAAGUUAUAGCCAAAAUUCUUAAGUUACAGCUUUCUUCUUAAAGCUAAUCACUACCCUAAAUCAAAGCCGGAGCCACAACACCCAAACAGAAGAUGGCAUGACAGCCAGGGUUCAGAUUACCGGCUGAGCCCCACCCCCAUAAGAGACAAAAGCCCCCCCCAAGAGAUGAGAGCCCUCCAUAAGCCCCUCAUAAAAGACGAGAGCCCCCAGGCCACCCCAUGCCUUUCUAAGCAACUCAGGUGGUGGUGGCGGCGGCAGCACCUUCCGCCCUCUAGCUGCUAUCACCGCAGACCCCUGCAAGAGUCGGAGUAUAAUUUGAACCCUGAUGACAGCAUUGCACCUCCCAUCUUUUAUUGUUUUAGAAUAAGUGUCAGACCCUCAGCAGGUCACCAGAGGAGGUUAGCUGUGUUGUCUCAUCUAAACCCUUGCAGCAUUUCACAUCAAAAAGCUACUUCAGAACUGAACUAGAUUAUUCAGGAGGGCAAACAUUCAAAUUGCAUCACAUCACAUUGGCAGGCCUAAACAAGGAAGACAGUGCACACAGCCUGCCAGCAUUUUAUUUAUAAUAUAUAUAUAUAUAUAUAUAUAUAUAUAUAUAUAUAUAUAGUUCAUAUUACAUGCCUGAUCUCAAAAGACAUAAAAACUCUCAAUUCCCACUGAAGCAAAUGGGGGGUCAGGGUGUUCAUUUUGCAGGAAAUAUUCAGUACCUUCCAGGAGUAAACCCUAAACUCACCUUCUUAACCUCCAGCAGUAAUUAACUUAGUAGUUCCUUACCAUGGCCGUCAUUAAAGCAUCAGAUGUGGUUUAUACGGUGAGCAGCUCAGUACCCAGUAAGGUCAGUUAGUAUUUCUCCUGCCUUCUACUUCUUCGGAAAAAUUCAACAGAAGGCAAGCAAUUUUAUUUCUUGUUAAAAUUUGAAGUGGAAAAUUCUUUUCAGUUUUUUCAGUUUUGUUUUCCACAAUUUUUUUUUCAAGGAAGGCAGACAUUUUCAAGCAUUUGUAUUUAGUCCAAAGCCCAAUUUUUCAACAAAAAUGGAAGUUCUAAAAGAAAAUUUUCAGCCGGUACUAGCAUGUAGUCUCCCCAGGCAGCAGUUUCUGUACUUCAAUAUUGAGAGUAUAUCAAUAGCUAUGGCUAUGCUAUAAUGAAGAAUUGAUGCUUAUUGAGUUCCUUUGCUACUACUGCUUCCUUGAAAAGGCCUAAGACAACCAUUAACUUUUUGGGUGUACUGCAACUAAAAAGGGUAAAAUCCACUCAUUUAUAGAAGGAUAGAUCUAAGGAUAGAAGGAUAUAAUCAAGUAGUAAAAACUAACAUUACCAAUGUAUGAAGAGCUGCACAAGUAACCAAAGAAAGGAAGUUCUAGUGCAAAUGCAAUACUCAGCAUCUGAAAUGUAUUAAAUAAAAGGAAAGAAAAACACGAAAACAUGGUGCAUGAUGUUAUUAGAUCAGCUGCCUCUUUUCCACCUUAGCAUAACAAGAAAAAGAAGUGUUACCCUUAGGAUCAUAUCCAACUCCCAGUGAAGUCAAAGAAAAAAUUCCCAUUGACUUCAAUGGAAAUUGAAUCAGGCCUUAAGUGAAGACAAGCUACAAGUCUCAACAGUACUUCAGGGUUAUUGAAUGCAUCAGUUAUGUGUUCCCUCACAUCCUGCAUAUAAGAUACUGUGUGUUUCUUAUCAAGUAUGUACAGGAAAAUAUAACUGUUUGUAAAGGCCUAAUCAUGCUUUCUUGGAACUCAGGAAGACAUUUUUGUAGAUAUCAGUAACAGUACAAAGAGGUUCAAAGUUUUCUGCUAAUCUUCUUUGUACUGAGUAUUAAAUUAAAUAUGAACCCAACAAUACUUGGUAAAUUUGGGCUUUUUAAAACUUAGCAGCUUAUCUAUACUGUUACUAUUGUUUCUCCAACAUGUUAUAAUGCUAAAAAUACAAAGAUUUCUUUUGCAAAAGUCAUUGGAUACUACUCUGUCUUUGCCUGUUGGUGUCAAACAAUAUUUUUUUCACGUGUGUGUGUGUGUGUGUGUGUGUGUGUGUGUGUGUGUGUGUGUGUGUUUUUACAGUCUAUUUAGUAAUUGUAAAAAAUACUCCACUGAGGUUUUGGGAAACCAUCUGCAUUUAUUUUAUCACCUUUGAACAUGUGUUCAGGAAUGAAGUCUGUGUAGCCAGUUUACUGCUACCAAGAGAUUUGUGCUGCUGCACCAGGAAGAAACUUUGACUGGACUGUGUAGGGGGUGUGUUCAAAACCACUCAGCUAAUAUGCUGUUAUUUCAGUGCUUUAACAAUCUGAGUCUUUCACUCGGAUAUACAUUAUGUAUCUGCAGACAAUACCAAACAGGAAACAAGCUCAAUUUGGCAUUCCAAAAUUAAAAACUUAAAGAUAAUGACCUGCUAUUCUUGACCUUUCAGCAAAAGCACUUUUAUGGCAAAGGAAAAUGCAAAACCAUCCAUUUAAUUUAAUAGGAACAUUGCGGCAAAAAUCAGUGGGAUUCUGUGUUCUACACACUCCCAUACACGUAUGUAAUUCAUCAUGUUCAUGGCAGUGGAAGGCGGAGGGAAGCGGAUAGGCCCUACAGCUUGUGAGAAGCAAAGAAAACCACGCUGGGUUAUAGCUGUUUUUAAGUAUGGAAGGGUUGUUUUCUGAAAUGCUUUGCCUGUAUUUUGUUACAGCAGAUGGCAGAAUGACGAAGCAAGCACAGAUGUGGUGUAAAAAAAAAAGUCCACCAGCACAAGGUCUGCAGUUCACUACUACUUUUGGUCUGGGCUGUUGUUUUAGCUAGGUUGUUAUGUAGUUCUAGAACCACUCUCUUGCUUAAAUAAUUUAAAUAUCUUCUUAUCGCAAAGAGUUUUCCCAGAUAUACUUAAAUUACAGAGUUGGGCGAAUUUCCCUCCCCUCCUCCUAUAAGUUAGAUGCCUUGGUACACUGAUGAACUCAGUAAAAAAGUAAUGCGUUAAAUAGUUUCCUAAUUGUUUAUGUGACUAGUAGGAUACUUCAUCACCUUGGAGGCCAAUACCACCUGUUACUAUGACAGCCAACUUUCAGUAUGGGGUGGCCACUUUGAGGCAUGCUUUUUUCAGAUUCUAGGGAUCUUAGGGAGUCUUUCACAAUGCAGGGAGAGUUCUCCAAGGACUGUUGGUGGCAAACAGGGUCCUAUACUCCCAUUCUCAUUGUAGGGGGCAUGGCUGAUGCACCAUAGGCUGCACAGAUAACUGGCUGCCACUUUGGCUCUGGGAGCCCAUUAGUAGCUCAAGUUGGUCACUAAAUGCACAGGCAGCUCUACCUUGCACCUAUGACUUAGCUGUGCAUACAGAAGUCUCUAACUCAAAGGAUGGUCAAAGUGAGCCCUGGGCUAUCUUUACUCCCAUCAUCCCACUAUCACCAACAUGCCAUCUUCUCCUACCUGCCCAUCUUGAGCUGCUUGCUCCUCAGUUGUGAACAAAGAUCUCUCCCUUGGCUCCAUCUGAAGGCAGCAAUGCGGAGUCAGUGAGGCUUCUGGCUGAAGAAUAUUGGGUAGUGCCCAGGGAUGGAGAGGACACCCAAUCUUUAGUCCUUAGCGGGACCAAAGGGAGGAUACUGAAAGCUGAGGAAGCUCAGGCUAUUUAAAAGAAAGAUGGCCCUGCAGUAAGGCAAUGAAGUAGGGUCAGAAGUCCAGUCCUGGUUCUGCCACAGAUUUGUAUUGCAACCUGAGACAGGUCAUUUAAACUCAGUAUUUUUAAAAGCACCCUCAAAUAUUGGAUGUGAGGUCACAAGGGCCAGGGCAUCCAGCUCUUCAAAUAAAGAGAGGAAAUCCAAGAGAGUAUGGACUUUUGAAAAUAUAUGCUUUUACUUCAGUGCUUCAGCUACAAUUAGGAGGGCAUAACACUACUACUCACCUCUCUGACAGUGGCAAGUAGUGAGUCCUGCUCUGUGGUUUGUAAACUACACAAUGAUAGAAAACACUACUAUUUUUUGAAGGGGGCUUGGAAAAGUGGCAGGCUACUGUUUUCAGGGCUGGGAGAGAGAGGGAGGGCAGGAGGGAACUUGUUGCUUGUAGUGGGAGUCAGAAACAGUGCUUGGGGGAGUAAGUAGUGUGUUAGCAGGAGGCUUAGGUAGCAUGGGAGGGGAGGGGUUGAUUGUCUUGAGAAUAUGGGAAAUCAUUCAUUCAUUAAAUGCAUAACCAUCACUUCAGUGUAGUAUAUUUAUUCCUGGUGUUUUAAACAUUUGUGAAACAUUAUUUGAUUAUUUAAAACCCUCAGGAAUUCAAGAGGAAAAUUUAACUCUCUAGUACAGGUCUCAGCUAAAGUGCAAUUACUAUAUCCCAGUUAAAAAUUAACACCACUUACUGUUUACAUUUGUACAGCUCUCUUAAUAGCACCAGGGUUAUAAAGAGGCAAGUCGAAAUUGAAUUUGACUCAAAACAUUUAAAUCUAAAUUGAAUGAAUUUGGGGGUUGAAAGGGAGGUGGGAAGAAGGGAGAAACUAGGUUGAAAACAUUAUCCAACAUACAGGGGUGUAGAACAAAUUAAGGUUUUGGCAUCAGUACUAUAAAACAUAUUCAUUAUUCUAUCUAAUUCAAGAGAUCUAUGGAAAUAUUUAAAUAUACGUUGAACUGUAUGAUUUAAUCUGUGCACACAUAUUUAGCAGCAAUUUACAAAAUAAGAAUGUAAAUAGAAAUAUGCAGUAAAGUACUGUGUCUAGCAUUGUAAAUAACUUCUAUUGAUUCCUAUUUAUGUUCUCAGUGUCUGAGAAGGGUCUAAAAUCUAUAUUUUAAUACAAAUUUUGUUCUUGUUUUACACACGGUAUUUUGUAUAGUAAGCACCUCAAUUUACUGCUUUGUAGCUGUUUGCAGUGUGUAAUCUAUGUGAAAAAUGUAGCAGAAAUAUGGCUCUCAGCUAGCCUGGCAAUGUAAAAGGUAAAAAAAAUAAAAUCAUCCUACCUUUGUAUAGUAGGUAGUUGAACCCAAACAUGUGUGAGUGACAGAAUCUGCUUCCCAGGUUCAGAGAUUAAAUAUGUUUUAAAAUAUUGAA